GGCUCCAAUAUCCGCCGCGCCGCCGAAGAUUAAGAAAAGAGAAAGAGCUCUUGGUCCAUUUAUUCAGUUCUGUUGCCUUUGGAUUGUCUCCUGCAGCAGAUCCUUUAAGAACUAGUGUCUACAGCUAACUGCCAAGGACUACUCUAGCUAGAGAUGGGAGGAACUGGCUCACUAGGAACAUGUGCCAAUAUAUUUAGAGUCCUCUUUGUUUUUGCCAACAUCAUUUACAUGUGUUUGGGUUUGGUCGCCAUUGGUUUUGGCUCAUAUAGUCUGGUAGAGUCAGAGACAUACAGUUUUGUGACUGGCAAUAAUGCGGCCAAUGGAGCAGCUGUCCUGAUAACAGUUGGGUGCAUUAUAUUCCUAGUGGGAGGGAUAGGGACUCUGGGGGCUAUAUUCAGAUGGAGACCACUUCUCAUAAUAUAUGCAGUGAUAUGGACCGUUGCUGUGUUGAUUGAAGUGGCUGGGGCCAUUGCUAGUUUCUAUUACAGUGCUAAUGUGACAGAUGGAGCAAAGGAGCAGUACAGGAGGGGCUGGACUGAAGCUAUCGAGGAGUAUGACGAAAAGGAAGAGGCCAAGAACAUUGUGGAUCUAUUUCAAUCUCGAUAUGAUUGCUGCGGACUUGAUUCUGCUCAAGACUGGCCAGAUUUUGCCAACAGCUCUCUCCCAAUGUCCUGCCUUUGUAACAAUAUUGGAACCGGAAACUGUGCCUAUGUGACAAUCGUACUUGAAGGAAAUAGUACUACCCUGGCUGCUUAUGACGAGGGUUGCUAUGAUGCUACUGUGCGUUUUAUUCAACGCAUACAACUAGCUUUAGGAAUCACUGGAAUUGUCUUAGCCAUAUUUGAAGUCCUUGGUAUAAUUGUUGCCAUUGGUUUGUGUUGUUGCAUUACAAAUGCAAGAGGAAGCUAUGAAGUUACUAAUACAGCAGCAAUGGGAGGAGAAGAAAAGGGAAGAGACCUUUCAACCUGUGGAAAGAUAUUGCGUGUGAUAUUUGUCAUCAUCAAUGCUCUGGCAACACUCAUGGGUAUUGGUACUUUAGCUGUUGGUAUAUACAGUCUUGUGGCCAACAGAAAAUAUGAGUUUAUAACAGGAAAUGAUCAUGUUGCUUCUGCAACUUUAUUGAUAAUAGUUGGUACUGGUAUCACACUGGUGGCUCUAGCUGGUAUAGUAGGAGCUGUAUUGAGGAAAAGGUUCCUCCUCAUCAUUUAUAUUGCUGUCUGGGUUGUUGUCAUCAUUCUUGAGAUUGUUGCUGUGGCCUUCAGUUUUGUUUACAGCGAAAAUGUAACAGAAAAUGUAGAGAACCGCUACAGGGAUGGCUGGGAGAAGGCUAUCAAGGAAUAUACAACUGAUACAGCUGCUAAAGAUGCUGUUGAUACCAUCCAAAAGAAUGGUAAAUGUUGCGGUCUGAACAAUGCCACAGAUUGGGUUGAGCUUAAUUCUACUUAUUUCAAUGAACGCUUGUCUCUACCAGAUUCAUGUAAAUGUGAAUCAGGAAGUGAAUAUUGUACUAACUUCACUUUGGAGUUUGAUGAUCAAGAAUAUCCUCAAACUGAUCAUUAUGAAAGGGGUUGCUAUGACUCUACAGUUGAUCUGUUCCAGUACGUCCAGCGAGUUUCAGCAAUUGUUGGGGUUGUCUUUGUAGCUAUUGAGCUGAUUGCUGUCCUCCUUGCUGCUGGAGUACUUUAUUUUAUCUGCAAAGCUGAAAAGAAAUAUGAAUCUGUUUAAAUGAUGACAUUAAUAAGAAUUAAUGAUAAUAAUAGCUGAUGAUCCUACCCUUAUUACUUUAUGCUGCUGAAUCUUAAUUUUCCUAAAAUAAAAAAUUUAAGAAAA